CGCGUGCGUGGCGGGUCUCUGUGAGGACACUCCGCGUGUGAGGCGACUGCGCGUGGGUGACGAGGCCGCGUGUGCGUGCGCGGGACGGUACAGCCGCUGGCGGCGGCCGAGGCAGCCGGAUCCGAGCACGUCAGCGCGCCGCGGGAGGCGGGCGGCGGCGGCGCCGUUAAAGGCCGGCAGCGGCGCCGCGGCUGGCGCGUAGGGGCUGGGCUCGGCGCCGGAGUGAGGCAGCGUGAGGCGGCGGCUCCAGCCACCCUCUCACCCACUAUGUCGGGCACCCGCGCGUCCAACGACCGCAGCAGCCACCCCGGCGGCGGGCUCAAGCGGGCGCGCAGUGAGCCGGGCGGUAACAAAGUGACGGUGGUGCUGGGAGCGCAGUGGGGGGACGAAGGCAAGGGCAAGGUGGUGGACCUGCUGGCCACCGAGUCGGACAUUGUGUGUAGGUGCCAGGGUGGGAAUAACGCAGGCCAUACUGUGGUUGUUGAUGGGAAAGAAUAUGAUUUUCACCUAUUUCCUAGUGGCAUCAUUAAUCCAAAGGCAAUUUCUUUUAUUGGUAAUGGAGUGGUUAUACAUUUACCAGGCCUGUUUGAAGAAGCUGAAAAGAAUGAAAAGAAAGGUUUAAAAGAUUGGGAGAAAAGACUGAUUAUAUCAGAUAGAGCACAUAUAGUGUUUGACUUUCACCAGGCAGUAGAUGGGCUCCAGGAAGUGCAACGUCAAGCACAAGAAGGAAAAAAUAUUGGCACAACAAAGAAGGGGAUUGGACCAACAUAUUCUUCCAAAGCAGCACGAACAGGCCUUCGAAUUUGUGACCUCCUUUCUGACUUCGACGAAUUUUCUUCAAGAUUUAAAAAUCUGGCACAACAAUACAAGUCAAUGUUUCCCACCUUGGAAAUAGAUAUAGAAGGACAAUUGAAAAAGCUAAAGGCGUAUGCUGAAAAAAUAAGACCCAUGGUUCGAGAUGGUGUCUAUUUUAUGUAUGAAGCCCUUCAUGGCUCUCCAAAGAAGAUUCUUGUUGAAGGAGCCAAUGCAGCAUUACUUGAUAUUGACUUUGGCACGUAUCCUUUCGUGACUUCAUCGAACUGCACUGUAGGCGGUGUAUGCACUGGACUUGGUGUUCCUCCUCAGCAUGUUGGUGACGUGUAUGGUGUGGUGAAGGCAUAUACUACUCGGGUGGGAAUUGGAGCCUUCCCCACUGAGCAGAUUAAUGAAAUUGGAGAUCUUUUACAGUCCCGUGGCCACGAGUGGGGAGUAACGACAGGCAGAAAGAGACGCUGUGGCUGGUUAGAUCUUGUCAUUUUGAAAUAUGCUCAUAUGAUCAACGGAUUCACUGCUUUGGCAUUAACAAAACUGGAUAUUCUUGAUGUCCUUGAUGAAAUUAAAAUUGGUGUUGCUUACAAAUUGGGUGGAAAAAGAAUUCCCUAUUUUCCAGCUAAUCAGGAGAUACUACAGAAGGUGGAAGUAGAGUAUGAAACAAUGCCUGGGUGGAAGACUGACACAACUGGUGCACGAAAAUGGGAGGACCUCCCACCCAAGGCCCAGAAUUACAUCCGCUGCGUGGAAAACCAUGUUGGAGUACCCGUUAAAUGGGUCGGAGUUGGAAAAUCAAGAGAGUCGAUGAUCCAGCUGUUUUAAUCAAAUGAAGAACUUCAGUGAGAGAAGCACAAUUUGGCAUUCAUCUGUUCCUUACUGCUUCCUCUUUGAAUGGAGAUGCUAUUUAAAAGAAACAUGUUCUUCUAAGAAUUGAAUAGAAACAAAAAUAUAUUCUAUAUUGUAACAUUUUAUUUAUCUUUAAGUUCUUAGUAAAUUCAGGGUAAAAUCUUGGUGGCCAUCAUAAAAAAAAAAGUAUUCUUAAAAAAAAAGGAAAAAAUAUUUUUUUUUAAAUUUGAGCCAUGUUACUAUUUGAAAGUAUUUUACAUCCAUAUAGUCAUUUCUUCUUGCUGAAACCAGUAUUAAGCCUUUUCCAGUAGUUACUGGGUAACUUUAGAGUUGUGAAGCUUGGAUUUGUUCUUCAGCUUCAAAUGUUAAAAUGUCUAUGUAUCUGGGUUGGCACUGGUAAGACAGAUACCAUGUACUUAAAUUGGUUGGAUUAUACAGAUUCUCAGUUUCUAAAAUACAGCAGAGUUGGGUAGGUAUUUGACUGCCCAAAGCAAAGCAAACACAAUUAUCUAUAGUUCUUAAAUAAUGAUUUUUUUAAUAACCCACUAAAAUGAAUGGAGACCAGCUAAAGUAUUUUUAUCACAGAGCCUGUCCUAGUAACUGAGGUAACAUCUGUAGAAAGGUCGAACUGGAGAAAGUUGACCUGUCUUAAUAAUUCUUCCAAAUAUCCUGGAGACUGUCAGAUGUGCAGUCUUUACUUUAUACAGUGGAGAAGGAGUGAGUGAAGGUGGAAGGAAGAAGAGUCCUCAGGGUGCAAAACACAUGGGAAGCAUGGAACUGAGACAGCAUGCUGUGUUUUCUCAGUGAACCUGAGACAUUUCUUCCUGCUCGUGCAGUGAUUUCCAAAGUUUUACUGUAGUUCUCUGUUGAGGAGCUUGGGACUUGUGGCUCUGUAAGACACACUUGCUUCCACAGCUCCUAGGUUUCCAAGAAUAAAUCAAUGCAUGACAUAAUGAUGACUGCUGCAGUAUUUACACCCCUCACACAUUUUGACCUUCCUCAGCAAAAUGCAAUGCCUAUUUAUAGAAGGGGAUGACAUGUGGCAGCCAGGGUUGAGAUAUGUAGAAGCUGUGGAGAGGUCCAGAAUCUUCAAGAAUACACUUGGAUUUCUUUGUGGAUCUUCUAAUUCAUAAUGGUUAUGCAUCAAGAGCUCUCAUAAAAGGCCUAGCUCUUGCAGAGGAAAAAAGUUACACUAGAAAUGGAGUUAUUCCCUAACUGCAGAACUUUUUGAAUAAAUGUUCCUUUUCUAUAUAUGUCUCGGAGAGCUAUAACAAUAUUUUUGUAUCAUUCCCAGGGACUGUGGAAACAGCAUCACAACCCCAGUAAUGCCAUUAUGUAGUAUGUGAAAAUAGCCCUUUUCUGAGAUGAUAACUCCAAGGAUACAAAAUUACAUUCUUUGCAUCAGAGAUGGGGGAAAAGUAAAAACCUGUGCGGAAUAUAGUCAUACUCAUUCCCCUUGUUUUUUAUCACUCAGUAGUAAGUAACAGUUAAUGUUCUAACCCAUUUGUGUCAAGAAGCAAUUACAGAAGUACCUGUACAAGCACAUAGCGAGCACUAAAUUUAACUGAUUAAACUGAUUUACAGAUGUCUUGCUGCUUGUAAAGCAGAAAUUUUACACCUUCUGGCUGCAGUGCUGUCUCUUCAAACCCCGGUUCAUCACAGACUGUGGCUUUAUGCUACAAGCAAAUACCCUUUAUCUUGGGGUGGGGGAGCCAAAGCUGUGAAUCCUUAAUUCAGCUACAACUCCUUUGUCUAUCUUUGACAAGUUGUUUAAUCUCCUUGCUACUCUUUUUGCAAUUUGUGAAAUGGCAGUUAGGAAUACAUCCUCACCUCUUUUUACACUGUUUUUUGGAGUUAAGACCUGCAGUCCCUGCUCUGACAUCGAUGAGGAGGCUCUCCCCAUCAUAUUUGUGGGUGUUGUAAUGAAAGAGCAGUGAGAUUUCUGACCUUAUUUAAUGUUUGCAAAGCACUUCUGAAAGAUGCUUGGUAAGUGCUAAUUAUUACAAGCACUGUGAAAUGUGCCUCAUUUAUAGUGAGGUAAUUUAAGCAUAAGGAUGCUGGGAGGUACAGUAAUUUUUUGUGUUCACAUGGCUUAAGCUUGUGCCAUUGGCCCUACUGGAUGAUCCAGACCUGUUCCUUUUCUGGGCCCCAUCUUCAUCAGUGCAUUUGUACUAGGAGAUUGCCGCUAUGUUUAAGCUUUGGUUGAUUUAUAGGCAAAGUCCACAAUGACUAACAAGGCACUCAGUGUGCUGAAUAACUGGAUUAAGUGAUCAACUCUAAAUGAUGUAGUGGGCAUAUUGAAAAAAAAUUAUGGUUUAUGGCUUAAUUUUCACAGGAUUACUUUCUCUUGUUCACCUAAUCUUUUUAUUUUCCAUUAAGUAAUUUUUCCAUUAAGUCUCCGUUAGAUCUACAUUGCCUGUCUCUCCAUGCAAGGAUUUAUCAAAAACCCAGUGAUGUUGUCAGUGGGCAUGAUGUAAUGGGCAAUCCUCCUGCGACUUAUCUGUCACCGUAACGAAUAAUGUCAUGCAUUUUAUUUCAUAGCAUGGAUUUUUUUAAAUGAAAUUUCUACUCCUAUUGAAUUUCAUGUGUUGUCAUUGAGUUAAACGUGAAUAAGUUCAGGCUUUUACUGAAAAGCUCUUUAACCUACUGAGUGACACAAUGCUUAAUAAGAACAUUUUUAUGUAAAUUUGCUUUUACUGUGGCUGUUUCCCAUGUGUAUUACUUUGUAUUGAAUUUCAUUUUAAUAACAAUCACUGUGAUGCAUUUAAUUUCUUCUUUCUCCCCAGCCGAAUGCAAUAAUAAUGAUUAAAACUGGUUGAUGCAUCAUCCUGUUAGAUAUCUGGAUGGAAGAAUAAGCGUAAAUGUCUACCAAAGUGGCGUAAUUUGUAGUAAAGAUUAUAGUUUUUUAGAAUUAGCAAUUACUGAUUCACUCACGCACAUUAAUGUAUUUGACAAAUUUUCUCACACUUACCCUUACAAUAUGGCCUUCACAGUCAGGUAUAUGCUUCCUAACACAUGCAGUAUAGGAUUUUGAAGCUUAUGUAAUUUUUAAUUUGGCUAUAUAUAGUAUUACAGUUCUGGUAUAAUGCACUUAGAAAAGAAAAGAAAAUUAAGCAUUUCCAUAGCAAUGUACAAACUAUAGUUACACCUUAUGCAGAUUUUUUCAGAUGAAUUUUGGAUCCACACCUGUUUAUUCUGUCCUGCAAAGACAUGUAUUAAAACCAAUUUAAAGUAA